CGCAAGGCCGAAGUCGGGUCCCGGGGGAACUCCAUGCUCACAGUGUUGCACCAUCUGAUUUGAUGCUCAUUAUUGGCUGUGGCAAUUGACGAUAGUCGUACACCGGGCCGGUUCCUGGUGAGCAGCCGGUCUGGUAUCUGAUAAGGUCAUUUCGUUGCGAUAGAUUAUCAAAUGGUCUGGUCUAGACUAGGUUUACCCCGCGAGAUCUAUAUGGAGACAUUCUCCAUAAAGUGAUCGGUUACCUGGCACAGAGUUCUAUAGCCAGUGCUCUUGACUUGACCUAUACACACUGCAACCGUGAACUAUCAUACAAAACCCUCAUCUCUCACCAAGGCAACAGUCAUUCUUGGAGGAGGAAUCAUAGGAACCUCCAUCGCCUAUUACAUCUCCGAAGGCCAAUCUGCAGAGAACAUCCAUGUGGUGGACUCCUCCUCCGAGCUCUUUUGUUCUUCGUCCGGCUAUGCUGCUGGAUUUAUGGCCAGGGACUGGUUUGCCCCUUCUCUCGCACCAUUGGGAGACCUUUCAUUCAAGCUAGAGUCCCUAGCUGCCGAGAAGGACGGCGCAGAGAAAUGGGGAUACAUGAAAGGCAGUGCACUGAGCCUGGGAGUUGCAGCGAAGAAGGGAGGCAAACGUGGGGAUGAUUGGCUUCGCACAGGAACCAGCCGGGCAGAAACCGCAGCUGGAUCGGAGCCACUCAUUGCAGAGCCACCGUCGUGGUUGACAAAGCAGCAUGGGGCCGAGACGCUGAAGAUUAGUGAGGAUGAUGAUACUGCUCAAGUUGAUCCCCUGAGACUGUGCAAAUUUCUCCUAGAGGCUUGCGUUGAACGAGGAGUCAAGGUUCACAAUCCUGCAAAAGCUGUGUCUAUUCUGCAAGGGAAAGAUGGAUCCAUCACGGCUGUCAAGACUGUGAAUCUUGAAACGAAAGCUGAAUCUACAAUCGCUUGCUCGAACCUCAUCCUCUGCGCCGGUCCGUGGACACAGCGAGUCUUGCAGGAGUUGUUCCCCGCGUCUCAAGUUUCGCUCCCCAUCUAUCCCUUGGCUGGCUACUCGCUGGUUCUACACUCCCCACGGUACACCGUGGAGCACGAGCAAACGACAUACAAGGGCCGGAGCCAGGCCCUGUUUACAACAUACCCCCCGAACUGCGGCUUCUGCCCGGAGUUGUUCUCGCGACAGGGAGCAGAGGUCUAUAUUGCAGGCUUGAAUACGAGGGAUAUACCCCUUCCGGAAAGAGCAGACGACUACCCCAAGUCGAUGGAGCAGAAAGAGAUGGACAGGCUCAAAGCCGUUUCUGUCCGUCUUCUUGGAAAACUUGCGAAGGGCAGCUCUGAGGCUACCGAUGAGAUCACGAAUACUGACGACUUGGAAGUCAUCCGCGAAGGGCUGUGCUUCCGGCCCGCUUCAGAGCGCGGAACUCCUUUCGUUGGAAAGAUCAAUGAGAAUCUGUUAGGAAAGAGCAUUAAAGCCGCCGGAGGCGUGUACGUUGCGGCGGGCCAUGGCCCCUGGGGCAUUUCGCUUAGUCUAGGAACCGGCAAAGUUAUUGCUGAGAUGGUGAAAGGUGUUGAACCUUCGGCGGAUGUGAGCGGUUUAGGUGUGAACAAAGUGGAAAGAGGGUCGAAGAUGUAAUUUGAUAUUUACUGAUUUAAUUCCUGUUGCAACCCUCGGCAGCUAGUUUAUGAAGAUUGAACACACGGCUUUGGAACAUUAAACAGUUAUUACCCUAGAUUGAGAUUCAGG